AUGCGUAUCUUUGCUCCUAAUCAUGUUGUUGCCAAGUCCCAUUUCUGGUACUUUGUGUCUCAGCUGAAGAAGAUGAAGAAGUCUUCUGGAGAAAUUGUGUACUGUGGACAGGUAUUUGAAAAGUCCCCUUUGCGGGUGAAAAACUUUGGUAUCUGGCUACGCUAUGAUUCUCGUAGUGGAACCCACAACAUGUACAGGGAAUACAGGGACUUGACAACUCCUGGUGCUGUUACACAGUGCUACCGUGAUAUGGGUGCCCGCCAUCGUGCCCGUGCUCACUCUAUUCAGAUCAUGAAGGUUGAGGAGAUUGCUGCUAGCAAGUGCCGUAGACCUGCAGUCAAGCAAUUCCAUGAUUCGAAAAUCCAGUGA